GCGCGGUGCGCGGUUGGCGCGGUGCGCCGAUCUACCCGAGUUCCGGCAUGCCGGGCCGGCGUCUUGGUGCGGCUUCCCGGUUGCCCGCGCGCCAUGGAAUGCCUGCGCUGCCUGCCCGGGCUGCUGCCCCGAGCCGCGCGGUCCCGGAGGGCCCUGUGUACGGCGGCUGCGCGCCUGAGCCUCGCUGCCUGCGGCGGCCGCGCACCCCCUCUACUCUCCCGGAACUCGAAGGCGCCGAGCACACCCCGCGCUGCAGGUGAUGUGCACCGCUUUAGAACCUCUGAUGCCUCUCAAGCCACAUUAGCCAGCGUGGCCCAGGUGUUUGCAGUGACAAAGUUCGACAAAGAAGGAAACGUUACCUCUUUUGAGAGGAAGAAAACAGAAUUAUACCAUGAGUUAGCACUCCAGGCCAGAGACUUGAGGUUUCAGCACGUGAUGAGCAUCACUACCAGAAACAACAGGAUCAUCAUGAGGAUGGAGUACUUGAAGGCUGUGAUAACUCCAGAGUGUCUCCUGAUACUAGACUAUCGGAAUUUAAACUUGGAGCACUGGCUGUUCCGGGAGCUGCCGUCACAGCUGGCUGGAGAAGGUCAGCUCGUCACAUACCCAUUACCGUUUGAGUUCAGAGCUAUUGAAGCACUCCUGCAGUAUUGGAUCAGCACCCUUCGGGGGAAACUAAGCAUCUUGCAGCCCCUGAUCCUUGAGACCUUGGAUGCAUUAGUGGAUCCCAGGCACUCUUCAGUCGACAGAAGCAAACUGCAUGUCCUUCUCCAGAACGGCAAAAGUCUCUCUGAGUUAGAAACAGACAUUAAAAUUUUCAAAGAGUCGAUUUUGGAGAUCUUGGAUGAGGAGGAGAUGCUGGAAGAACUCUGUCUGACCAAGUGGAGCGACCCACAUGUCUUUGAGAAGAGCAGCACUGGGAUUGACCACGCCGAGGAGAUGGAGCUGCUGCUGGAGAACUACUACCGCUUAGCUGAGGACCUCUCCAAUGAGGCGCGGGAGCUUCGGGGGCUGAUUGACGAUUCCCAGAGCAUCAUCUUCAUCAACCUAGACAGCCAUCGCAAUGUGAUGAUGAGGUUAAAUCUCCAGCUGACCAUGGGGACUUUCUCCCUGUCGCUCUUUGGACUAAUGGGAGUUGCUUUUGGCAUGAAUUUGGAAUCUUCCCUUGAAGAGGACCAUCGGGUGUUUUGGCUGAUUACAGGAAUUAUGUUUAUGGGAAGUGGCCUCAUCUGGAGGAGGUUGCUUUCUUUCCUUGGAAGACAGCUGGAAGCUCCUGUGCCCCCUAUGGUGGCCUCCCUGCCCAAAAAGACCCUUCUGGCAGAGAGACGGGUGGACGCGAAAAGCAGCCUCAGGCCGGAAGGACUUGGACCGAGCAGGACUGUCCUGGCAAGCCGCUAGCAGCAACUGGCGGACGGAGGUUUUUAUACUGCUGAAGCUAUUAUCACUUUCUGGGGAAAAAGACAACUGGUGUAUAAAUUAUGUCUGACUAAAAAUACUGCGGCAUUCACAAUACUAAAUUUGAUCACGCUUCAGAGUUCUUUGAGACAAAGAAGAGGUUUCUUUGUAAAAGGCCAAAAUCCUGUGUCCUACCAACUUUUGAGUACUGUUUUUAUGGACUUUUUAAAGUAUAGGUUAAUUUAUUGUGAGAGACUUCCCUAGACUCAGUGCCGUUAUACAUAUCAAGAAGGGAGCGGCUUUGUGCUGAGGGAGCCCACAGUUCCUGGGCUUAGAGGCCUCAGGUCCUCGCACAGGGACUCAGGUUCCCAGCGGUGUCUCUCGCAGGGAAGACAGCUGAUGGAUCUGUUAGCCUUGCAGCAAACUCUAGAAUGUCACUCCUGGAUAGAACUUUACUUCCAGGUAUUUGCUCUCUUUUGUUUAUAAGAUGAAUGAAAGGGAGGUAUUUAAUGUCAGCAUACUUAGAUUCCAAUUAAUCAAGAUUGUUACUAUUUUUGAUUAGUUAUAAAUAGAACCAUGGGAACUUAGAUUUAAAGAAAGUGUUUAUUUAUUCUCUUAAAAUUUUAUAGCUGUUUUGACCAUUGCCUGAUUUAAGAGAUUGUCAUGCUACCCACUCCCCACAAGAAAAUAUAUACAGCCGGCUACUGUGUUUGCCUACCUCUCAAAAGUUAGCAUUGGGCUUGUCAAACAAGGACAUUGCUAAUGUAAAAACUGUGAAAAUGCUAUCUUCCCAACCGCAAGCUCUCGUGUAAAAUAAAUGGCCAAGCAGGACAUGGUUGGUCCACCAGCUGUGCUUCCAGCCCUUGAGGCUGCAGCAGGAAGAUUCCGCAAAGUUUGAGGCCAGCCUGGGCUAGAGUACGUUCUAGCCAGUGAAGGUUAGAGUGAGUUCCAGGCCCACCUGGACUAUUAUAUAAGUAAGACUCUGUCUCAAAAUACCAGAUGAAGUGGGGCCGGGAGUGCUGCUCAUUGUACAGCGCUCGCCCAGUGUGAGCAAAGCCCUCUGACUGCACGGGAAGUCAGAUCGCUCAUACCCGUGAGUUUGAAAGCUGUCCUUCUAAUAACCAUUCAGCGUGCCCUUGUGUGUUCUCAGCAGGUUUCAUACGGUUGUGUGCUAGAACAUUACAAGAACCAAAAAGUGUGCAUCUGGAAGUAGUGCACAUGUAAGAUUGUAGUAAGGCCAGAGCAACUCUUAGCCUACAGGGUAGGAAUAAUGAAGAAGUGUUCCCACCCCAGGCACUGGGCGUCUGAUUACCCAAAUAGUGUCCCACAAGGAUUACUGGGUACUCUAGGGAUGGAAGUAAAAAAUAUUACUCCAGUAGAAAACAGAAGGUGCUGAGUGAGCCCCCCCUCCUGUGUGGGGCCGAGAGAAGCUGACGCAGGGCAGAGGAGCUGGCUGGCUGUCCCAGCCACAAGAGGCCCCUUCAGGCCUCUGGGCGAGAUGCUGGCAUGUAACUAUGGAAACUGCAGCAGCUGAACCCUUGGACAGCAUCCAGGCUCGCCUUUGAUGAUGCCCAGAUUUCACAGCCCUCUUCAGCACACAAGAGACUCCACUGCUGUGGUCAGUCCUACACUGCCAGUUCUUAGAUUUUGCUCAGCUGAGAUCUGUGAAGAAUUGAAGUCGGAUCCCAGAUCAGACAGGAUAGAAUCUCAUUUUUCCUUGUUGUGUUAGUUUAUGAGCUUAAAUAAAGUAAAUGUCUUGAUUA